CACGCAUACGCGCACACAGCAGCAACGUCUACAAUUUUUUUUCAAGUGUGUUCGACAUUCAUAAUUUUUUGUGGUGGAGCUAGCUGCCAGAAACAAAAAGAAAUAUUAACCAAAUUGACCAAAAAGGCCGUCUAAAUCGACCAAGCUUAUUGUUGGCAAGAAAACGUAUCUCGAGAACCCUAACACACACACAGAGGAGCACAUCUUUAAGGAAGGUGAGUAUCAGAGACGCAGCCUAGCAGAAGGAAGCCACCUAGAAGAAGCUGGAAAAAGUUGAAGGAAAGCAGAAGAGAAAAUGUCGAGUCUGCCACGCCGUAUAAUCAAGGAGACACAGCGCCUGAUGCAGGAGCCGGUGCCUGGGAUUAAUGCCAUUCCCGAUGAGAACAAUGCUCGCUAUUUCCAUGUGAUCGUCACCGGACCCAAUGACUCUCCCUUCGAGGGUGGCGUCUUCAAGCUGGAACUCUUUCUGCCCGAGGACUAUCCGAUGUCGGCACCAAAGGUGCGCUUCAUAACGAAAAUCUAUCAUCCCAAUAUCGAUCGCUUGGGUCGCAUCUGCUUGGAUGUGCUCAAGGACAAGUGGAGUCCAGCGCUGCAGAUUCGCACGAUCCUGUUGUCGAUUCAGGCUCUGCUCAGUGCACCCAAUCCCGAUGAUCCCCUGGCGAACGAUGUGGCCGAACUCUGGAAGGUCAAUGAGGCGGAGGCCAUACGCAAUGCCCGCGAGUGGACCCAGAAGUAUGCUGUCGAAGACUGAAUCCAUGUCAUCGCCGGCGCCUUAUCAUAGGCAACGUCAACGUGUGCCAGAAAUGGAAAGUUGUUUUUUUUUAUUUUUGUUUUCAUCGAUUAUUCUGUGGAUAUAUCGAUCCGAAUGUUUCUUUGAGCAUCGAUUUGACAGCUUAACUUGAUCAAGUUUUCAAUUUUAGUUUUAAUUUAUGAGGUCUGAGUGCAGGCGUUAAAUUAUUUUGAACUUUUUUUAUGAUGAAAUUAGAUUGAAAAAAAAAAACAUUUAUGUGUUAAGCUUCAAUUUUUUUAAUUUUUAACAGUUCCUUUGACCAAAUUUACUUAAUUUUAAUUUCGUUCCAUUUCGAUCAAUUAUGGUUUGACCCUUGAGCUUUGCCUGGGUUGUGUCUGAGUCCCCUUUGAUAAGCAGAUGAUUUUACUUGAACACUUUUUUAACCAAACAAGAAGCCUUAAAGCUAUUAGUAAUUUUUGAAAAAAAAACCAACAACAAAAUCACAAAAAAAUCGAUAAAAAUUCAUAAAUAAAUACAUACAAUAUAUAUUUAUACAAAAAAAAGAAAAGAUAAACAAAAAACUAACGUAGUGGCUUGAAUUUGUGAACGUUUCAAGAGCAGUUCUCAAUGAAAAAAUUAUGUACAGUAAUUAAUACAUUUUUUCCACC